AUGUCUGCUCAUCAAGGCGAGCCUAAUACCUCUGAGUCCAGAAUCAAUCUCUGGAACUCGGCUCCAAAUUCAGUCUCGACUUCAUCUUCACAACCUCAGACCCAACAUUCUCUUUUCGCAGCCAUUUCCACAUCUGUUUCACGUUCAUCUUACCCAGUGGCUAUAUCCAAUGUCCACACCCAGUUGAAACAAAUUGGCCCCAUUGAAACGCUUCCAGUCGAUAGAAUCAAUUCCCGUCUUGGUCAACUAGCUGAAAUGUACCAAAUACUUGUUGAACUUGUCAAAAAUGAUCCUGGUUCCUACUUUCUGGAAAUCAAAAAACAAGAUGCCACGACCUGUUUUGAUGCGAUUACACCUUUGAUCAAACUCACCUUAUUGGCAUCCAACAUGAACUUGGCAAUUCUUCCCACGUAUCUCCAGAUUCUUGCUAAGCUUCUCUGGUUUCAUUUGAUCUAUGCUGCUCCUGGUAUCAUCGUCCUGAUGAAGGGAUCGUACAAUCUGUUCGCAGCCAUUUGUUCAAAAUUUUCACCAAAACAGCGUUCACCUCCUGGUUUUGUCUAUUGGCUUGCAACGUCCCGCAACACAUGUGAGGAAUUUCAGCCAGAUCAAAUAACCACGGAAGCUCUUCUCUUGGCAGUAAAUGAAAUGUUCGCCAAGGCUAGAGAAUCGGCAGAUGUUCUUGACGCUCUACUAGAUAAGCAAAGUCUAUCCGAGCAAGAAGAUGCCACAUUAAGUAAUAGUUGCAUUAACACUGUCGAAUCUCUUGGCCAUGGUGGAGUAUCGGAGUUGUUAGCAAUGUAUAUUUCUCUUGUUCCCAACUUUCUUGUUAAAUUAAACCUGAAAAUUACCUCCACUGCAACUAGUUCCAUAAACAAGAAAUGUUACCUGAAGAUAGUUUCCCUUGUCACUACCAAUAUCUUUCCCUUGUAUCCACUGAUAUUUGAGUCGAAUUCUGCAGUCUUCUCCAAAUUUGUAGUCAACAAGCACCUUUUCAAGUUUCUUCCAUCUACUGAAGGAUAUCUCGUUAAUUCUCACGAAUUGAUUAUUGAACUCCUAGAUCAUGGAGUCAACAUCAGCUACUUAGAAGAGAACGACAUUCUGUCUUAUCUUCUUCUUUCUCUUAUGAACUUGGAAAAUUUAAAGCAUAAAAAACAAAUUUUGUUUUCGUCUUUCAAUCAUCUUAGUCCAAAGACUUCUCUUGCUACAUCUAUCUUGUACUUGAAUUUCUUGUGUUCCAUCAACUUAGCCAGUUACUUUGAGGAGUUGACUUUUCCUGAAGUUGUUUACUCUCAGUUUGAGAGCUUUGCAUUGCCUCCAUUGCCCAAGUCAAACUACCUAGUUGAAGAAUUUCGCAACACCGACGAGUUUGAGCUAGAUUUUUCUUUAUUCAAGCCUAUGGAAAACUUCAACCACUUAGUUGCGUGUUUGUGUUCUUGCCUCAACAUUAUCUCUUUCAUUAUUGAAGAUGAAAUAAGAUCAAUUGAAUAUGCAAACAAGACGUCGUCUCUACCUCUGAAUGAAAAGAUGGUCUUCAAGUUUGUUGAGUUUCUUUUCUGUUCACUUCUUAUUUCACUUUCUUUAAUUCAUAACUUUGACCUCAAAGGUUGCAACGAAAUCGUGAAACAGCAAGUUGUCGACAUCCUUGAUACACUACUAAAUGUUAAAUUGGACUGCUUGGAGAGCUCUAUGGUGUGGGUGUCCUUGAUCAAUUUUGCCAAUGAUGUGUGUUAUGCUGAUCUUACAUUUGUCUCGGUAUUUCAAGGAUUAUUCAAGGACUUAAGUGAGAAGAACACAGAAAUCUCGGAACACCCCUUGGUCAGAAGUGGAUUGGAAUUCUUCAGUACUACAUUUAUUUGUCCUGAAAACAGCACCGAUUCACUGAAUGAAGGAUCUGAUGCCACUAUCGAAUUAUCUUUACAAGAACUUAAUAUCAUGUGCGGGUUGUCUGUCUAUUCCAAUUUUGAUAAGACAGAGAAAAACUCGAGUAUUGUUGGCCUCAACGAGCAGCAAAAGAGGUCUACCGGUCUGACCUACUCUACUAAUAAUUCCAGACAACAGAGUGUUCAUGUGGACCAAUAUGGAAUGACAUGA